AAGAUGACAUAUGGUAUGUUGGAUGGUCUGAUAGACAAGUGGAGCCUUGACCUGGAGGAUCAUGAGAAAUAUUUUCUUCACCAGGCUACACAGGUGAAUGCAUGGGACCGUACAUUGCUUGAGAAUGGUGAGAAGAUUAUUACUUUACAUGGAGAAGUGGAGAAAAUGAAAAAGGAACAGAAAAGGUUGGAACAAGAAUUGGAUUUUAUCCUGUCACAACAGAAUGAACUAGAAGAUUUGUUGAUCCCAUUAGAGGAGUCUGUGAAAGAUCAGAGUGAGCCUGCCUAUCUGCAAUAUGCAGAUGAGGAGCGGGAUAGGACUUACAAAUUAGCAGAAAAUAUAGAUACUCAGUUGAAACAAAUGGCCCAGGAUCUCAAGGACAUUAUUGAGCAUUUGAACACAUUUCAAAGUCCUGCUGAUAAUACUGACCCGCUCCAGCAGGUCUGCAAAAUUCUGAAUGCUCACAUGGAUUCUCUGCAUCGGAUUGAUCAUAAUUCAGGUGGGAGUUUGCUUGUGUACCAAGCUAUAGGUAUUACAAUGGCAGCCACCCCAGUAGGAAUAAGCACAUCCAGCACCCAGCUCUCGCUUUCUAAAUACCAUACCUCUAAAAAGAACCAAGACUUCUUAGAGAAAUAUUUUAUCUCCGAUCUUAUGCAGGGAAAGGAAUAG